UACUAAAUGAAUUGCUGUAAGUCGAGGACUACCUGUAUUUAGUUCACUUUUUAUGCUAUAUAUUUAAAAACACAGUAGCUAUUGGUAAACGCGACACACUUCUCCAAGCCCACGAAUGGCCCUGAUGGCUGAGGACCAUGGGAUUUGUGCUCCAGCUUCCUAGCAAAGGGAGAGCUCGUAAAAGACUGAGCCACCCCAUCGGACGCCCCGCGUGCUUCGAUCUAAAUCGGCCGGUCGGACCCAACCCCUCAAGUGGGGCGGAGUGGGCGGGGCCAAUUUGGUGGUACCUGCGCACUACGACCUCCAUCCUGGAAGGCGCACCGGCGAGGGAGCUGCCGCUCAGCUUCAUUCCGGAGGGAGCCGGGACGGUUAUCGGCAUCGGUUUGGGGAAGAUGUUGCUGUCCAGAUCCAGCGGAAAUGGUUUCUGUACCCUUCAGAGAACAUACUGGUUAAGAGAGAUGACUUGGAGAAACUGUCCUCCCACUUAUUGGGUGCGGCACCCCUUCUGUGCCCACAGCACUUGGAACAGUGCUGGCAGCAGGAGGCGCAGGCUCAUGGUAGCGGCAGGGGCAGGCCUGGGUGUGUGCAGCAUCUUGGCUUAUGGAAACCGCCAUUGGCAGGCAGCCACAGUUGAGUCCCCAACGGCCACACCUGCCGCCUCACUCCCUCGCUUUUCUCGAGAAGAGGUGGCCCGCCAUCAUAACGAAGCAAAUAGGGUGUGGGUGACUUAUGGCAGUGAAGUUUUUGAUGUCACCGAUUUCUUAGAGCUUCACCCUGGGGGCAAAAGUAAGAUUCUUCUGGCAGCAGGUGGGGCUUUGGAGCCCUUUUGGGCUCUCUAUGCUAUGCAUAAACAAGAUCAUGUCCAAGAAAUCCUUCGGGAAUAUAAAGUAGGAGAACUGAGCCCAGAAGAGCCUCCUCUGCCAAGCCCAGAUGAUCCUUACGCCAACGAUCCUCCGCGCCACCCUGCCCUCCGAGUCAAUACCCUCAAGCCCUUCAAUGCAGAACCUCCUCCAGAGUUACUGGCAGAAUAUUUUUUGACCCCUAACCAGCUCUUCUUCAAGCGCAACCAUCUCCCAGUGCCGCUUGUGGACCCUGAAACCUACCGCCUGUGUAUUCAGAGUCCCUCUAGACAGACCCUGUCCUUUUCUUUGCAAGAUCUGAAACAGAAUUUUCCAAAAUAUGAGGUUACCGCUACCAUACAGUGUGCUGGCAAUCGCCGGGCAGAGAUAAACGCCACAGAAUACCACCGACUCGGGUGGAGCACUGGGGCUAUUAGCAAUGCCCGUUGGGGUGGUGCCCGGCUUCGGGAUGUUCUAAUGCAAGCUGGGUAUCAACCAGGGUAUGAGGGUCAUGUCUCCUUUGAGGGCCUGGACAAGGAUCAUAGUGGCACUGUAUACGGAGCCUCCAUCCCUUUUCAGAAAGCUAUGAGUCCAGAUGGGGAUGUUCUCUUGGCAUAUGAGAUGAAUGGGGAGGAGCUGCCUCGAGAUCAUGGGUUCCCUCUGAGAGUUAUUGUGCCAGGAGUGGUGGGGGCUCGUAGUGUAAAAUGGCUGGCUCGGAUUACAGUGGGGCCAGAGGAAAGCAAGAGCCACUGGCAGCAAAAGGAUUACAAAGGAUUCUCUUCGUCCGUAACCUGGGAGACAGUGGAUUUCUCCAAGGCACCUUCCAUUCAAGAGAUGCCCAUCCAGUCUGCCAUCACUGAGCCAUCUUCUAAGAUGUCUGUCUCUCCUGGAGAGCUCACAGUGAAGGGCUAUGCCUGGAGUGGUGGGGGGCAGAGGGUGAUCCGUGUAGAUGUCUCCCUGGACGGUGGGAAAAACUGGAAAGAAGCAACACUAACUGGUGAAGAGCAGCUGCUUGGGCAAGCUUGGGCUUGGAAGCUUUGGCAGCUGGAUGCUUUUGUGCCUGCGGGAACCAAGGAGUUGAACAUCGUCUGCAAGGCUGUGGACACCAGCUACAAUGUGCAACCUGAGCGUGUGAAACCACUCUGGAACAUUUUGGGAGUACUCAACAAUGCUUGGCAUCGGGUCUGUGUCCCCGUGGAAGAGGAUUGAGAGGCCUGAUUGGGCCUAGAAGCCUUGAGGACUGCAUCUUGGCUUCUCUAUAUUUUUCUGCUGCUGCAGGGACAUUACCCCCUGCCCCCUGGAAGAAGCCAAGAAGAAGGGCUGAGUCCUCGAACAGGGGUCUGGUGAUUUCUGGGCUUCUUUCCUCGUUCCCUAUGCAAUUCCUGUGAAUGUAGCAUUUUGGAGCUAAGGCAGGGAUGGGCAGCUAUGGCCUUCAACUCCCAGAAUUCCUGAACCAGCCGUGUAUCAUGCCGGUCUAAGAUAUCUAUCUACCUCUAAGGGUGUGGUAGUCCCAGAAGUGUUGAUGGCUCUCCUUCACUUAGCUUUCUAUUUAACUGAGACCCCCUUUGUUCAGGAAUUUUGGAUUUGUACUUUUUAAACUCUUUAGAAUUCUUUUAGUUGUCAAAAAUUACCAACUUGUUUGCUGGCUGGAGAUCUUUUUUAGGGUUCCUCUCUAAAGAGAAGAGAUUUAUUAACUGUAUUAGAUCACUUGAUGCUAAAGAAUCCACCACUUUAGGAACAUGAGCCAAUUUAUUAUCUAGCUUUCUCUUUUCAGUGUGAUGCCAACUUCGGCAUUGCCAUAUUUAGUUCUUCAGAUAUUUUAUGGGAGAAUGUGAGGAGUUGAUAUUUCUUCCAUCGUAACACUGAGGAGUAUUGGAAACUUAGCAUUUUCCUCUAAAGACCCGGGAGCCUUGCCCCAUAUCAUGUCUGCCGAAUAGUUCUUGCUGCAUGAAUACAUCACAGCAACUCUUCCUGUAAGCUAUUAUUCUGGGCAGGUUUUGCAGUUGCCUAGAAUCCAUAAUAUUGGAGUAAGAAACCUGAUAUUCCCAACUGCUUUGAUCUGUUCUCAAGAAACACAGACUUGCUUAUGCCUGACUUAGUGGUUUCCCCUCUUGUAUUUCAGAUGGUGGUGUGUUGUAAGCUUUGUCAAGAUGUCUUCAUUAACUUUGCUGCAAUAAUUUUAUUUAUUUAGUAAACAAAUUUAGACAGCUGUCCAACUCACACAGGUGUGAGUUACAAGAUUUUAAAAAAUCCACCAUAUAGCAAAACCCAUCCAACCCCACCCCCAUGGCAGCAACAGCACAAUAAAAUCAGCCAUUUGAUCAGCUCCAUCUUCUGUUCAGGGUCCCCAGGCCUGCUGACAAAAUCACACUUUUAGGGCUUUUUGGAAAAGCAGCAGGGUGGGGACCACCCAUACCUUUUGGGGAAUAAUAUUCCAUAAAGAAGGGGCUACCAGUGAGAAGGCCCUUUUUCGUGGUCCCACCGGGUAACAAUCCCUAAUUGAUUGGACCUCUAACAUGCCCUGCCUUCCUGUCCUGGUGGGCUGGGUGUAAUUUCUUAGUUUUGUUAAUGCAGAUUCUUACUGCUGAAAUAAGAGCUGUUUCUAAUUCCUCAUUCUUACCUAGAAUAGGUUUGUUGUUCGAGAUGCAAAACUUAAUAGGAUUCUUGAACCAUUGGCAGUCUGGGGGAGAAGAGUAGAUUUCAUCAGCUAUUAUCCUCACUAGAAUUCUUUUCUGUCUGGAGACCUACCCGUGUUCCUUAUUUAUAGAGAAGGGCCCGGACAUGCACUUUAAGAAACAUUUUAAAUUAACUCUCCUGAGCCAGCAGGUUUCACGGAGAGAAUGGAUCAAGAUGAGAGACUGCCACAUAAGGGGAUCCUGUUUUAUGAAAACAGCCAGCACAGGAGGCCUUUGGGUAGAAAAAGUUAACACUUUCUUUGCCUAGCUUGAGCUUCACAGAGGGGUUCCUAUUGCCACGUGAGCCGCUGAUCCUGGUGGUAGCAAAUAUUUAAUUUUUGUUCCAGGCCAUGCUGGGAUCAAUUUUUGUACAAAGAAAUCUUCUCUCUGCCAUCUUGAGCAUGUUGUAUCUUCCUGUCACCUUUCUUGAUACAGGCAGUCCUCGACUUAACAACCAUUGAUUUAAUGAUGGUUUGAAGUUACAAUGGCACUAAAAAAGUGACUUGUGACCAUUUUUCAUACUUAUGACCAUUACAGCACCCCAUGGUGAUGUGAUCAAAAUUCAGGUGCUUGGCAACUGAUUCAUAUUUAUGACAGCUGCAGUGUGACGCGAUCACCCUUUGCCACCUCUGACAAGCAAAGUCAGUGGGGAAGCCAGAUUCACUUGACCGUGUUACUAACUUAACAACUGCUGUGAUUUGCUUAACAACUGUGCUGUAAAACGGGACAAAACUCACUUAACAACAGACUUGCUUGACAACAGAAACUUUAGGCUCAGUUGUGGUCGUAAGGCGAAGACUACCUGUACUCAUGAUAUGUCACAAUCAGCAGCAUAGAUUAGACCCAGUUCAAAUUCAGAAUUGAAUUAUUUAAGGUUCUAGAGCUGUAAAAAAAAAUGCCACCUAAAAAAAAAUUGCCACCUAUAGGUGGAAUGCCACCACAGAGAAAAUUGUUCCCUGCUUGUGACCCAUUGAUUUUUAUUUGGUACUAGCACCUUUAGAAGAAGCGGUAACCAUGAAUCUUGCAUAUAACCAGACUCUUCACCUGUCCAAAAUCCAAGGCUCAGCAUUGAGCACUGAAAUUGUAUUUAGAAAGGGAAAGAAAGCUGUGGAACUUCCUAUAAGGUGCUAAACCAUAGUUUAACUAUGAGCUAACAAACCAUAAAUGGUGCUAUAUGACUCAUGAAGCUAUGAACCAUAUUUUAUUACUGUCAAUGUCUCAGUUCAUAAAACAUUCUGGUUCAAACCCAAACCCUCCACGCAAUAUCUCAAGUUGACAUUGGGCCGAGUUCCUUUUCGCUGCCCAGCAUUGAAUUUUUGUUACAUUACUCUUUGUUUCCUUCCACUCAGGGCCAUUCUGCUUGAGAGCCCUAGAUCAAAACAGCUGGGGGGGAGGCAUCAAGUUUGCCUGCAGGGGGUCCUGCAGAAGCUCUCCUGCAAGAUUGCUUUGUUGCUCUGGGCACCAGCUCAAGCCGGCAGCUGGAUUGAUUCCUCCAGGUUGAUUGAUGAGCUUGUCUGCAGUUCCCCUGCAUGUCAGCACAGCAGCACUGCUGUAUCAAUCCUCAGCAUGAAAUUUGAUGGUAGAAAAAGGGGUUUAUGGAGGGAGAGCAUUGCUGUGGAUGUAUUGUCCUCCCGUCUUUGAUAGGCUAAAACAAAAAAACCCAGAAUGAAUAAGUAUCAGAUGAAAAUUUUCUUAUAACACUUUCCAAGCUCUGGAAUUUUGUGUGUGUGUGUGUGGGGGAAGCAUUCAUCCUCCCAUAAAAAGAGGUUUGUGUGCUUUUUUUAACGCUUGGGUUUUUUUUUUUUUAAAAAAGGAUACUAUUUGCUGCCUCCUGUUCGAUUAUUCUCUCUCUUGUUGGGGGACUUGUGGAAAUUCUAGGGCUAGAUGGAUCUUCCUCACUGCCACCAUGCUAGAGCACUUUGUAAGGGGAAAACAAUCAGGAAUCGUCUUACUUUUGCAGAGCUAACUACAUUUUGCAAGUCGUUCCCACAAAUUCUCCUGUUUGGUUAUACCUUGGAUCCUAGGAACACCAGUGAUGAAGAAUGGACCUUUCAGUAAUUCAGCAACAGAGGCUAACUCCAUGUUAGCUGAUGUUGGACCAUGAUGAGACUCACUGUCAGGCAAAAAUUAACUGGUUGGAAAUGGUGGAAUGCAGAGCAGAACCUCAAGCGGUGCUGCAUCGAGAAAGCUGGUUUGAUACGGCAUCGUGAUUCAAGCAUUAUUUUGGGAAACCCAGUACAAACAUGUCUUGGAUAAGAGCCAAUACACAUGGAAUCUCCCAAGUCAAAAUUCUGAAAUUUUGAAAUGAGGAACUUGCAAUAUCUUUUCACCAUUAAUGGAGACCAACCCAAGUUAAGCCUUUCUGUUCUCUGGCUGAAGUCACUUUCUGAAAAAAACUGGAAGGCUAAUGUUAGAGGGUUUUUUUUUGUUUGUUUCUUUUGUUUUUAACUUCCUUGGUUGUAUUUAUUACAUGGCAAAUAAGGUGGGUGUGUGGCUUUAAGAGAUUCCACUGUGAAGAUUGGAUUUCUCUCACUGUUGUCCUCCCUUUGGGAUUGAUCUGGAGAAAUUCUCCAGAUUGUUUCACAAAAACUAGACAAUAAAAACCUGGACAAUACAUAUACUGAGAUACAAAUUAAUACAUAACAGAUUGAUACAUAACUGAAAUAAUAUUUUUGCUAUAAUAAUGUGAUGACAGCCCAGAGUUCUCCUUUCUGAAUUGACCUAGUACAGUGUUUCCCAAACUUGACAAUUUUAAGGCAUGAGGACUUCAACUCCCAGAAUUCCACAGCUGGCUGUGGAAGUCUGGGAGUUGAAGUCCACAUGCCUUAAAAUUGUCAAGUUUGGGAAACACUGACCUAGUAUAAUGGAAUGUGUGGACGACCUUGGGGAUGAAGGAAAAAGAUGCUACAUAAGAAACAACCAGACAAGAGAGAGAGCUUAAUAAUCAGAGGAAGAAAUUUAGGAAGAACCUGCCCUACCUAAUUGAUCAGCCAGUUAAAAGUGACGGCAGGGAGUUUGUACCUUCAGACUUGCAAGAUUCUUUAACGUAGCCUUACAAUAAAGUAGAAUUCGUUCAUCUAGUCCUGUUUCUAGUCUGGUUUAUGGGGGGGGUGGGAGAGAUACUUAAGAGCAUGUACUCCUCCUUUAUAAGCAUCCUUGAUCAAGAAGCUGUUUCAGGACCUUAAAAAGAGUCCAAGGAAGAAGGGAACUGCCUUUUUAUUUUCUCCUGCCCAAUGCUAAUUUUCUCAGUUCCAUUGCACUCUAGCCAAUGGGGAAACCCCAGAAUCAAACAGGUACAAUGAAGAAGAGAUUAAGGUGAUGAAACAUCUUGUCUCAAACGUGUCUCAAAAUGAUAAGUCAGUGAAGAAGUCAUUUCUAUAGUGCUUAGGGCUAUUCCCUCAAGUAGAUGUUCUGUUGCCUAAGGAGAUUUAGCUAAUUAGCCAUAAAGAACAAUCAACAGUAGUGGGGAUGACUAACUUAGUGCUCUUACCACGUGUGUUUCAGUUCUCAAAAUCUCUUUAGCCUUGAGUGGUGAUUGUAAGGGCAUCAAGCGGGCUAUGAACUCUAACUAUGGUAGAAGACUGUCCAGACUGCUGGCUGUGAAGGGGUCAAGGGUCUUGUCUACUCACUAUGGUUGAUCCUACAAGACAGACUUUUCCAAGUUGAUACCUUGGUUGACUGGGGAUGUUGAAAGUUCUAUACAUUUGUGUUGCAUCACUUUAAAGAGAGACCUUGGGAAAUGCCACGACAUCUAUAAGCAAAUGUUAUUUUCUUUUGGUUGGUUUUAAGAAUGAUAGAAUUGACAACCUGUAAAAUACUGUGAGAACUUGUAGGUAUAUCAAGUUGUAGAAUCUACUUCUCUUCAUAGCAAGUGCAGUUUUAUCCAAUGGAACUUUCUUAUCCUGUAUGGCAGGCUAUGGAAAUUUCUGUCUUUGCAAUGUAAACAGACCAGCUGAUCUACACAGCAGCUGAGAAGAAAGAUCACUCAAUUGGCCAGAUAAAUGGUAAUCCUCUGGAUAUUAUUGUGUUCUGAGCAGUCUGCAGAAACCAGUAUAGUGGUUCCUUAUAUUCUGUUUAUGAUCUGUCUUCAUUCCAAACUUAUAUAGAAAGCUGAUGCUUUUCAGCAAAAUAGUUCAUUUGUUGUGUUACAUUUGAAAGACCUCCCACUCCCCAAUAGUACUUAUUAAAAAUUCUACCUUGUUUUGCAUUCCA